AUGACAUAUAACUUUGGUGCCGUGGUUAGCACCGCUACUUCCCAGCUUCAGAGUCAUGAGUUUCAAUCCUUGGCCUGGUACUGCUUGUAUGGAGCCGGCACUGGCGCACACUGUCUUGUGUUUUCUUUGUUACCAGAGGGGUGUCGGACUAAGAAUUUGCCAUCUACUUAUUCUGAAGAUGAAGAUGAAUUCAGUGCUGAGGAUUCUGCAAUGUCUCUGGUGAACAAUAGUAUCAAAACCAAAGAUAUAACUGUAUCUUCAAUCCGAGGGUAUUUUCAAAAUAGAAAAUCUCCAGAAAUUCCUGUUGCAGCAGCAGAGGCCACAAUUUCAAGAAGUGAGUCAGUGAUUAAUGAUGAGGAUGAAACUGGAAGUGAAGAGCUUUGUGCAAAAACACCUGAAUUUAUACGUGGAAGGAAAAGACCAUUGUCCCCUUUAUCCAGUGUGCCGCCUCUUUUCUUCAACAGAAACCUUAAAAGCAGUUCAAAGUCAUGUGUUAAGAAGCCCGUUCAAUCUGAAAAUAAAAGAAAUAAAAGCACUGAAAAACAAUCUGACCUUCCAAAAAAUGUGGUUUUGUCAACUUUUACCCAUUUUGCCGGGACCAAGGUGUCAAAGGACGUUUAUCCCAUUUUGCAGACAUGUGUAGAGAAAUAUUUUGACAGACUGGCUGAUGACCUGGAAGCGUAUGUACACCAUGCAAAAAGAAAGACUGUAGAAAGGGAAGACCUUGAGCUCCUAAUGAAGAGACAAGGAUUUGUGACUGAGAAGACACCUCUAAAUGUGUUAAUUGAACGACACCUUACCUUGGAGCACAGAAAACUGCUGAUCCCUUGUGCCUCCAGUGGUAAUAAGGUUACUCCCAAUAUUUAA